UUACCUUUGCGAUUAUCUAAUAGUGUCAAAGAGGCGCUCAAGUGCGGCCUAGAAACUCAAUACGGAGGUGUACCCCAAGCCAUACAAAUAUAUGUAUAAAAAAAAGAUAGCCAUAAACGGCCAAAAUUCCAGACACGUAGCAGACAGCAGCAGCUGCAAAAACAACAACCACGGCAAGAGAGUAAAUUACGCAAAAGCAGAAACAACAACAAAAACAGCUGACGACAACGUUCAAUGAACGUUGAAGCCGCCACAUUGAAAACAUUUACGCUCACAAACAGCCAACCAAAUGCAUAAGAGGAGAAGCACAGCGUCCUACACUGACUGCCAAAUGUAAGUGGACGACAGCAGCAGCUGAACUUGAAAGUGAAAGUAAAAUUGUAAAAAAGGUAGGCCGCCAACUAGAGACACACAUUCAGUUAUCAGUUGAGCAACAGAGCGUGCCGAUCCACAAAACAGACGAGAUUGGAGGAGGCCAGAAGAGAUCAAAAAGGAAAGGGAAUUGCUUUUGGUGGAGUGCUGAAACGCAGACAAACAUUUAUAAAGGUCAGCCACCAAGAAGCGUGCAGAUGAAGUUCUAAGAAAUACAAUUAAUAAGCCGUCCACUCAAUUAGUCAAAUUCACACAAAAUAUUAAGCAACAAAUACAAGAAGAACAACAAGAAGACACAAUGAGCGAUCAAGUAGACAACCACAAGAUGAGUGGCGAUUUAAAGCCAGAGGUUGCUACAACUACCUAUGAGGUAAAAGCUCCCAAUGCUGGUGAGGAGGGUCACACCUUCUUGGUGCGAAAAUUUGAAUCGUCGUCUAUUUUAACGGCUGUGCCUGUUAUGAAAGCCGCGCCCACAAAACCGCCCAUAGUGCUGGAUGAUGAGCAACCAUGCUGCAGCUCCGCCAGCUCUCAGGCAGUGGUGCCGCUCUCAUCAUCACUUCCCUCAAAACUUUUGCGUUUGCAUGCCAAGCGUUCGGCUCAGGCGCUGUUGCGUCAAAUCGAUUCGAUGGACUCUCAGUUUGGCAGCGAUGAGGGCUUGCCUACGGGCAUGGGGACAGGUUCGGGUUCCGGCACUGGUUCGGCUGAUGAGUACGAAGAUGCUUCGCCUAGUGCGCCACCCAUGUCGCCAUCAUCAAGUGCUUCUCCACUUGCAUCCAGCAGUGAUGACAAGCUCGUCGAUGUGGGUAUGGGCUCUUCCAUUGGUGACUCCGAGGAGUCCGAAGAGGAUGACGAACUCAAGCCUUUGGCUGUGGAUAAUCACAUUAUGCAUGAGAUCGACUUGGGCGAACGGCAGCUGACGCCUCCACAGCAGCAGCCCGCGACCGUGCUGAGUGAAGCCAAUUUGGAGAAAUUUCGCAAACAUCAUGGCCAACAACAGCAGGCACUGCAUCCGCCCAUGGAUAACAUCUAUUUGCAUCCCAACUUCAAGUAUGAGCUGCAGGAGGGCGCACAUGAUUAUCUGGAUGCCUCGCCUCCGCCGGCUGUGGCGCCAAAUAACUCGCCAGUUGCCGAACCUAAGCGGGUACACCGCUCCUUUCUAACGUUGAAGAAGCCCACCGAACCGGAACCAGCGGCCAGUGAAGAGUCGAUAACGCGUAGAGAAUCCGAGAGCCUCAUCAAUGAGAUUGACACGCUAGAUCCGUCGUUGGUGCCGAGUGAGGAGCUGGCUUCUGAAAUUACAGAAGCUGUCGAGUUUUAUUUCUCCAACGAGAGCAUUUUGAAGGACGCAUUCCUGCUGAAGCACGUGCGUCGCAACAAGGAAGGCUUCGUAAGCCUAAAACUAGUAUCCAGCUUUAAGCGCGUGCGCCAAUUGACAAAGGAGUGGAAGGUCGUUGGCGAUGCUGUGCGACGUAAGUCGCGCAAAAUCGAGCUUAAUGAUGUAGGCACGAAGGUGCGUCGUCUGGAGCCAUUGCCAAACUUCGAUGAGACCAUGCCCUCCCGCACAAUAGUGGCCUGUGAUCUGCCAUUGGAUAAGCUCACAAUUGAAAAGGUUUCAGAUUUGUUUUCGAAAUGCGGUGAAAUUGCACUUAUUCGCAUUCUUAAGCCUGGAAUGGCCAUUCCGGUGGAUGUGCGGCAGUUCAUGAACAAAUAUCCAGAGAUGCAGCAGAAGGAGUGCGCCCUCGUCGAGUAUUUGGAAUCAUCGUCGGCUCGAGAUGCAAAGAAUCUGCAAGGUCCAUUCCAAGUAUUCGAAAUGGUGGCCCCCAAGAAGAAGACCGGCAAGAAAGCGGUAAUUCAGGUAGCGGCACCUGUCGCUCGCAUGGUUGAGAACUAUCGCUACUACAACGACUCCAGCUACGAGCGUACACGUGGCGGAAGCUUCAGCGGCAUGAUGACCCACGAUGCGUCCGAUUUGCGUUUCAAACUGAAGCGCAACAAUUCGGACUUCCAUGGAAAAUCAAUUGGUGCAGACUCAAUGCACUAUCAGCAUCCAACCUCGCACUAUCAUCACCAAUCUGCACACAGUCCCUCUCAUCGUGGCGGCUUCUCCGACCACGCCUACCAGCACUCGUACCAGCCACGAGGUAGCGUCAGUCAUGAGGCAGCGGCCUCGUCGCCUUCUAGCAGUAUGAAUUUUUUCGCAUAUUCGCCAAGGCGAUACAGCAAUACGUCGACUAUAUCGGCGAACACGGCUGCUGCCUUGGCCGAGUCCUCGUCGGUAGGCGCGAACAACAAUAAUGUCGGGAGUCCCAACAACAACAGCAUUAGCAGUCUUCAACGUCGCCUGUCGAACUGCUCCGAGCAGAAUUAUAGCGGCGAGCUAUCCAUGUCUCGUCGCCCGUCCAAUUGCUCGGAAAUUGCGGCGCCACAGCGUCGCGACUCCAACUGUUCCGAGAGCUGUCCGUGCUCCAGGCGGGUGUCCGAUUUUGGUCAAUCGGAAAGUUAUCGCAAGACCUCCGUCUGCUCCAAUGGCAGUUGCAACGGCGGCAGCAACGGCGAACGUCGCUUCUCCAACGGCUCCAUGCAGUUUGAGCGCACCUUCUCCAAUGCCAGCGACGGCAAUGGCUUCUAUCGCCGACCCUCCAACGACUUUGUUAUGGAACGCAAGCCAUCGGUGGACCCCUCGCAGACUAACGUUGGCAGCUAUGAGCAGGAUCAGUUGGUGGGCGGUGGCGGUGGUGGCUACCAUGUGUGGCCACGUCGCUAUUCCAACAAUUUCCAGCAGGUAAGCAACAAGCUGGCUGCCUACGACAAUGCCCAGUAUAUCAAUGGUCGGCGUAUCUCCACGGACUCGGGCUACGAUAGACGCUGCUCCUUUGGCUCGGAGUACGAGGGCUCUCCACGCUCUCGCACAGGAAGCUUCCUAAACAACUACAAGCAUGGCGGUGGUGACUUUGAAGGUCAGCCUCGUUCCCGAACUGGCAGCUUCUUGGAUGGCUCACCACGCUCCCGUUCCGGUUCCUUUGCCCAACGUGCCGCUGAGAGUUUGGUGCGCACACCCAUUGGUCCUGAUGGCAGCAAAGGCUUUGGCACGCGUGCCCGUAAGUUUGGCCAGACAGUAUCGCCAGUCAAUUAAAAUUAAGUGAUGGUCGGAACAUAAUUGUUACCUAAUUUUAUCUAGGAAUAGAUCUCAGGAUCUAUUAAUUGUUUUGUUUCUUAAAUCGAUUGUUAAAAAUAAUGGCUGUACGCUGUGAUUUCUUCCACCUUGUUAUAUGUUCAAUAUAUCUACCCACAGCUAUAUCGUUGAUCCAUGCAUUCAGGCCUCUUAAAAAGAAAAUGAAUUUGUACUUGUAGUUAAUAGUUUUGGAUGCCCUUGUAACCGUGUGAGUUUACGAGUUUAUGUGUAAAAUGUUUCAUACAAACGUGUGCUUCAUUUAAUUUUAAUAAGAUAUGUUUAUCUAUGUAUAGAUUUAUUCAGAUGAUACAUCUUACAACCAA